AUGGCGUCCCUCUUACGGAGACCGUUCGCCAUUACGGCGACACUGCGACAAGCUUCACCGAAAUCGCAAACCCUCACAUUCCGCGCUUUCCACAGCACGCCACUCAAGCAGCAUCCGCACUUGUUCCGACCCGCAAAGCCUACGGUAUCGACGUCGCAAAAUGUCUCCAAGUUCCAGCAAGCGUUCCGACGCGGAUACCAGCAGGCUGCCUACAACCCUGUAGCGCAGGGAGAUAUGCGACAGCGUCUGCUGUAUGGAGGUGGCAUCUUCGCAGGCACCCUGCUUGCGAUCAAUUUCAUCUUCAAUCGCGAGACACGCGAGGAUGGUGGCAUGCCGCCAUUCGAGCGCGAGUACCUUAACGACACCUUCAUGCACACUGGCCUUGGUAUUGGAAUGAUCGGAAUCGCAGCCCGCGCCCUGCACAUGAACGGAUGGAGCUUCAGGCUUAUGAGCGCAAACCCGUGGCUUGUGCUUGGUGUUGGUCUCGUUGGCAGCAUCGGAACUAUGUACGGCACCAUGGCCACUUCGCCUUCCAACUACGUCCAAAAGUACGCCCUCUGGACUGCCUUCAACGGUACCCAAGCCCUCCUUCUGUCGCCACUCUUCUUCAUGCACCCUGCCAUCCUCGCUCGCGCCGGUCUCUACACUGCUGGAAUGAUGGGCUCCAUCGCCUUCGUCGGCGCCACCGCCAAGACGGACAAGUACCUCUACCUCGGUGGCCCACUUCUCGCUGGUGUCGCAAUCGUCGCUCUCUCCGGUCUCGCUCCCCUCGUCGUCCCAGCCACCGCUGCCCGCACACUCAUGGUCACCGAGAACCUCUGGCUAUACGGAGGCCUCGCUGUCUUUGGUGGUUUCACCCUAUAUGACGUUCAAAAGGUGUUGAACCAUGCACGCCAGGCUCAGGCCGGCUUGAUCCCCAAGGAUCCCGUUAAUGAGUCCAUCUCGCUUGAGUUGGACUUUAUUAACAUCUUCAUCCGCAUGGUACAGAUUCUGGGCAUGAGCCAGAACAGGAGGAAGUAG